UUCUGUGCGAUACAAUUGUAAACUAUCUGCAGUUAAAGAUGUUGAAACUUUUAUCAAUUCCUUUUGUAAAAGAGAAUAUAAAAAGUCAGCUUAAGAAACCAGAUGAGGGAUUGGGCGGUUUCUUUACGAAAUACCUCUUAAAAAAUAAUGAAUCGCUUGAAGAAGUAACUGCCCGGGCAAUAAAACCAAAUCCUGAUGAAAAUGUACUUGAAAUAGGAUUCGGCCGGGGAGACGGGCUGCAUUAUGUCUUACAAAACACUUUAAAAAAUGGGAAUGGUUUUCUGUAUGGGGUCGAUCAUUCGAAAGCUACUUGCAAAUGGGCGCAGAAUCUGAUGUAUAAAGAUGUAGCAAAUGGUAAGCUCAUAAUCCUAAAUGAAGAUGUUGCAAAAAUGUCGAUUGCAGAUGGAACGAUAAACAAAGUGUUUCACGUUCAUUGCUGUCAUUUCUGGCCGGAAAUGGAUAAUGCACUAAGUGAGAUAAAACGAGUCAUGAAACCCGGUGGUUUGGUUGUGUCUGGAGCUAAUCUCACUUUAAAGAAAUGGGGAGUUGGAAUUGGGCUAACAGAAGAGUGGAUGCAUGAUUCAACAAGGUACACUGACGCUCUACAGAGGACUGGAUUCGUGAACAUAAAUGAAGAGAUCACCCACGAUCCUGUAUUGGAGCAUGAUCUCCUACUCAUUUUUGCCAAAAAACCUGAUAACCACAUCUCGAAAUUGAAAAUAUAGUACAUAAACUUUUAUUGCUGUUUGCAGACCAAUUUGUGAAAACGGAGAUCGAUUUUUGCGGACCCAUAUUUUCAUGUAUAAAAUAAUGGUGCGUUUGGCUACGAGACGCAUCAUUCGGAAGUUUAUAAUUUAAUUAUCUUUAAAGUUUCAGUUUAUUGUAUUCAUGUACGCAAAGUU